AUGUCAGCCAAUUCAUACGCAGACGUUGUCGCCACUGGCUCAACCACUCCAGUUUCCGCUGCUGAAGAGUCCAAAUCAGUUGCUAACACACAAACUGAAGUUGAAAGCACACCAGAACCAAUGGAUCUCGAUUCAAAAGUUGAUGGUGAAAACGAAGAUUCCAAGGUUCAAACACAAUUACCUUCACCAAACCCUUCUCCAAAAGCUGAAAAGAAGCAAAAAGAACAAAAUCUAGCUCCUGCUCCUGUUCCAAGUGUUAGUGCAUGGGGUUCUGCUGCAUCUUCUAGAUCGAACUCCAAUGUCAGCUCUGUUGAUACCAAGCAUUGGCCAUCACCACAUGAACAACCACAAGUCAAUGGUUCCGCUUCAAGCAAAAAGAUAAGUGCUGUUAAAUCUUCUAAAGAAAAAUGGGUCCCUUUCAAAGCUUCAGUUGUUUUACCUCAACCUGGUUCAAAGAAAUCUAACAACCAUGGUCAAAAGAGAAACUCAAACAAGAACAAUAAUGUCUUGAGUAAUAACAACAAACAAGUUCAUAAUGAUUCUAAAAAGAGAAAAAACAAAACUGAAAAACGUCCAACUGCUUCAACUACACCAGCUGAAACUAAAGAAGCUCCAAAAGCUGAAUCAAAAGCUGAAGGAAAGUCUGAGCAACAGCCUGAACAAUCAUCAUCAAAACCACAAGCCACUGCUCCAAAACCUGAAUCAACCUCAUCUGAAAACACUCAAACCCAUUCUCAUAACUCACACCACGCCAAUCAUCAAGCAUCCAAUCACCACAAUUCACAUAACCACCAUAGUAACAGCAGUAUGCGUUACCAAAAUAACCAAUUCCAACAGUUUAUCCCAUUCCAACCAUUCCCAGUCCAAGGUGCCUUCCCAGGUCAAACUGGUACUCGUCCUUUCCGUCCAUAUUCCAACAACAGACGUUUCAACAAAUAUCAAAACAAUGGUUACAACAAUCAAUACCGUCAUCACAACAAUAACUUCAACAGUGCUCCAUUCAAUCGUCGUAAUAUCGCACAUUUGAACAAGAGUUCAGAACCAUUAUUCUCAUUGAUAAAACAAAUUGAAUAUUAUUUCUCCAUUGAAAACUUGUUGAAGGAUAUCUUUUUAAGAAAACAAAUGAAUAGUGAAGGUUGGUUAGAUUUGACUGUUAUUUCAAGUUUUUACAGAAUGUCAGUCUUGAGUGCUGGUGAUUUUGGUUUGAUUAGAAAAGCCAUUGAUGAAUUAAAUGGUGAGUUAUUAGAAUUGGCUGAAUUCAGUAAUAAUACUUUGAAAGUUAGAGUUAAAGAAAACUACAACAAUUGGGUUUUACCAGUUGAACAAAGAGAAGCUAAUGGUCAAGAUGAAAGUGAACCUGUUAAUGUUAUUCAGCCAGAUGUUAAAGAAGCUACUACUGCUGCUUCACCUGAAGAACCUACUCAAGAAGAAUCAACUGAAGCUACACCUGUUACUGCUGCUCCAGAAGAAGUUUCAGCCAACUAG